AAUAGUUUGAAAAUGCAACGACAUCCGAUAUCUAUGGUUUAACCUAAAUAAACAGAAGCAGAACUUUUAAAUCAAAUAAACUCAUUAAAAUCAGAACUUUCCUUCUAAGUUAAUGCUAGUAAUAAUAAUUUAUGAUUUUAAAAUAGAUGGAAGAUUAUCUAAGGAACUUAAUGAAUGUUUAAAGAGAUUAGGAAUUACUAGAGUUGAUGUAAUACAUCAAGACAUAAAUCAUUAAACAGAUUUAUCAUAUUUAGCUCCAUUAUUUAUAGUUUAUGAAGAUCACAUAAAAAACUAUGAUGUUAUACUUCAAAAAUUAAUGGAUGAUUUAGCUGCAAUGGAUGCUAGAAUAUAAAUGGUUAAUGAUGAUAAUACAUUUCUCAGAAAAUAGUUGUAGGAUAAGAAUGAGCAAUUUCUACGUUUAUAUUAAUAAGGAGGAGGAAGUACUAAUAAUAUUAAAAGUGUUUUUAAUGAAUUGGAAAAAGAAGAUCUUGAAGAAAGAAUUAGAUUAUUGAAUGAAGAAAAUGGUAUAUAUGUUAAUAAAUUAAAAUAAUAUGAAAGUUAGAUAUAUGAUCUUUAAUUAAGAAAUGACUAAUUAGUUAGAAAUGAAUAAUAAUAUUUAAAUUAAUUAUAAGACAUAAAAUAAAUAAACUAAUAAUUAGAAAUUGCAUAAGAUGAUUUAAAGAUUAAAUUAGAUAUUUUAGAAAAUAAAUUCUAAAAUUAAACAUAAUUAGUAGCAAUUACAGAAGAAGAGAAAACAGAAUAUAUUCAAAGAUUUAGUAAAAGUGAAAAUGAAAAUAAAGUAUUAAAACAUUAAAAUUAAAAUUUAAAAUAAGAAAUUGUUAAUCUUUAAAAUAAAGGUUAAUUAAAUCAAACAGAAUUAUCAAAAGAGUUAGAUGAAAUGCAUAAAAAAGAAAGAGAAUUAUUUGAUAAAUAAGUUCAUAAUGAAAGAGAAAUUGAUUAAUUAAGAGAUGAAAAUAGGGCAUUAAAAAGAGAAUUAGAUUAAAGUAGAAGCAAUUUAGAAUAAACAAUUAAAAUGAUGGAUAAUUAUGAAAAUAAAAUAUCAAUAUUAAUGAAAAAAGAAGAAAAUUAUAAAAUUUUAACUAAAUAAUUGAAAGAAGAGAGAGAAAAUGCUGUUAUGGAAAAAGAUAGAUAUUAAUUAAAAGAAUAAUAAUUUGAUUAAACUUUAUAAAAUUAAAUGGCUAAACAUAGAGAGGAAAUAAUGAAUUUAAAAGAAAAUUAAGAUAAACAAUCAGAAAGUAUAAAAAAUAGAUAUAAAAUAAUAAUUGAAUAAAAAGAAGAUGAAAUUCAUAGAUUAAAUGAAGAAACAAAUUAAAUAAGCACAUUAAAUGAUAGAUUAACUAAAGAAAUAAAGAGCUUAAAAAUAGAAAUAACUAGAAUGGAAAAUGGAUUAAAAUAAGAUAUUGAAACUAAUUAUUAAUAAACUGAUGAUUUAUAAAGAUAAAUAAGUGAAUUAUCAGAAAAAAACAUAUUAUUAGAAUAGAAAUUAACUGAUUAAGAAGCUGAAAUUAAUUUAACAAAACAAUCACAUGAUUCUUAUGUUAAAACUUUAAGUAAUAAUAAUGCUGAUUUAAAAUAAAAUUUGGAACAUACUAGAUCUGAAUUAACUAGUAGAACAUAAGAAUUAUCAACAUAAAAAGGAAAAAUCAAUUCAUUAACUAGAUAAUGUCAAAAUUAAUUAGAAGAACUUGCAAAAACUAAAAGACAUUACGAAUCAAGAUUAGAAUAAAUUUAAGAUGACUAUACUUAUAAAAUUAAAAAUCUGUAAUUAUAGAUGGAAGAUGCUAUUAAUAGAGAACGAUAAAGUAGAGAAAAAUCAGUUAAAUUAUUAUAAGAUUACGAUAAAAUAGAAGAAAAGUUAAAAGUUGAAUAUAAUACUAGAAUUUUAGAAUUAGAAACUACUAUUAAUAAUUUAAAGAGUAUGAAUCAUCAAUUAACAUUAAAGUAAUUAUUUUAUUAUAUUUAAGACUUAAUGAAAUAAGAAAUGUUUCAUAUAUGAAUAAAGUUGAAAAUUAAACAUUAAGAAAAGCAUAAAUUAGUUGA